CCCGGAAGUGGUAGUGUGAGAACGAUGGCGGAGCUCCGGGAGUUGCAGAGUCGGGUGCAGGAGCUGGAGCAGCGUCUGUACGGGGAGAGCGGGGCUCAGACAAGGAAGGUCACAGACGGGUUGAUGAAAGUGCAGGUUGCUCUGGGGAACAUCGCCAGCAAGAGGGAGCGAGUGAAGACCCUGUACAAGAAAAUCGACGACCUGAUAAAGUAUCUGGACCCUCAGUACAUCGACAGAAUCGCUGUCCCCGACGCCAUAAAGCUGGAGGUCAUUUUGGCAGAGGAGCAGUACAUCCUGUCCCAGGCCGCACUGCUGGAGCAGCUCCAUUCCCUGCAGCCCCUGCUGGACAGUGAGCACAUCAAAGCGGUGCCGGCGCAGGCCUCCAAGCUACAGACUCUGUCCCAGAUCCACAUAAAGCAUCAGGACCAGAGCGAGGAGAUAACGGCUGAGACCAAGAAACUCCUCGAGGACUACAACAGCAUGACCCUCCUCCUUUCUAAGCAGUUUGUGAUGUGGGACGAGGUUCUUUCUCAGCUGGAAGCCGCAAAACAGGUGAAGCCGCGCCCGGAGUGACCCCGGUGACGGAGCCGCCAUCAUGUACUUUGCAUGUACCGUCCUCCACACUACAGCAGCGGCUCUUCUUAUCCUGUGCUGCUGAUGGACGGGCGCCGCUGAUCUCUGCUGCCAUGCCGCAUUACCCUCCUAUCGUCUCUCAGGAUUGGCAGAUCCACUUCCUGUCUCCGUACACACGAGGACUGUGCUUUUUGCUGCCGGACGAGCGAUGGGCACCAUGACAGGAGCCCAAUGUUUAAUAAAGCGUCAUUAUAAGGAGCACUUACAGGAGGA